UUGUUUUUACUAAACUUCAUUUCACGUGUCACGCUAUAAUAUAUUCGUAUAUGUAUUUACGUCACACGCUGAAAGUGAAGAUUACGGAGUGCACUUCUGUCUGCAACCAUAGCAAGCGUUGCUUUCCCUUUACAUUUGACGAUGGCUCUUGUUAUUUUCGGGGGUCUCUUUGCUACAUCGUCGCUCUUUGCACGGUCGAAAAUGUGUUUAUCCACACGCAAGUGUUGUGUUGUAGUGUGUGUAAGUGUAGGUAUGCACAACGAAUCAUUUCAUUCAUACGAAUCACAUACAGUAACACAGCAGAUUUGUGUGCCAGCAGGGAGCAGGAAAUAGUGGGUACCAGUCGAAAAAGCUCGCAUACAGUGCUGGUGGCCUUUGAACCUGGUGGGCUGUCCAAUGAAAAGGACUCGCACACAAAACACCCAUACACGUGCAGCUUCUAAUCGUCCUCUCAUUGAGCAGGAAAGAGCAAACGGUUUUGAGGAGAGCGGUGAGAAUGUGAGCACAGUUUUCCAUGUGUAUUUUCGGUGCACCGUAGGUUCAGCGCACAAGUGCUUGACCGGAGUACAGUUUCUGAUGCUAACCAGUGCGGAUCGUCGCGUUCGUGGUCGUUCGAGCUAAAGAGAGAGACCUCGGGGAACAGGCAGACAUUCUGGUGCAUCUCGGUGGUGGGCACAUGUGCGGGCUACGCUUCAGAACAAGAAAUUCUCCGUCUCAGAAGACAUCCCUACGGUGGGGCGACAGCUGUCCUCGACAGUAAAGCAAAAGCGCAAAGAAAACAAAACCCCCAUUUCUUCAACCAGAGUUUCCAUUCGCAAAGCUGCUUUUGCUAGCCCCCGCCGGGUGGGGACAGGACUAUCUGCAGCAAAUCGAACAAAUCAGCACACAGACACAUAUCCACACGCCCAAGCACUAAGGUUUUACGCACAUUCAUCGAGAUCCCCCCAACAGAAAAACUUAAGCUAGUUCUCCGCACCCAGUAGCAGCAUAGAUCAGCAGGGAUUACCAGCAAUACUUUCACCAUCGAAGGGAAGUCUAGAAACAAUCGAAGUUGUGACGUUAGUGAUUGUGUGUGCAAGGUGAGGAGGUUUUUUGGUUUCCGUAGUGCCCAAAGGACCUUACAGAAGUCCUUACAGAAGCGCGCAAACAAGUUAGUAAGUUUCGUGCACAAAUUAUCGUUGCGGUAAUCUCAGUAGCUGAACUGGAACAGAGAAAAGUGAUCGAAGAUGUUCCCCUAACUAGAAAUUAAUCCGGCGAUCCGUUCCUUCACGGGGGCACAAAUACUAGUGCAUUACCAGUGUUUCGUGUGGAAAUUGUCCUACUUGCACGCGCCAUUAUCAAGGCAAUCGUUUUGUGAAAAUCGUGAAAAGUGAUCCGCUUAAGGAAGAAAAGCAACGAUACAGUGUGCUCUAUUAAUGAGCUCGUGUGUGUGUGUUUCAUACGCGUCAUCAUCUGCUGCUGCGCUUGUUUCGUUGCACGCCGUCUAUUAAUCGCGCCUUCUUUGCCAGCGCGUCUUCAAUCUGCUAUCUAGCAGCAUCCUUUUUUUGCGAAAAAUACGAACGUUUUAAUCAAAGGGCACAGGAAAGGAGCGCAAAACAACAAGCACUGGCGGAUUAUUUUUGCUGCUAGAACCAACAAGACAACGACCUGCGACUGUGCGAUAUAAAUAACUAAACCCACCCCGCCGGAAAUAAAAGCCGGCGCACGUCUCCGGAAAGCAUAACGUGCACACAUAAUAAAACGCCAUGUUACGCCAACGCUAAGGUGUGCAGAACCAGAAACAGAGUGAAAAACCGUUGACCGUAAGCCGCGAUAGCAGGACAAACUUUUGCCAGUGUCAAGGACGUUUGCCCACGUCUUGUGCAAUCUGGUAGAUUUGUGUCUUUGUGGCGUUGAAGAAUCCGGACGAGGCAAAAGCAACCGAACGCAUUGCAAUAUCACGUUUGUGAUUAAGUUGACAUACGGAGACUUAAUCGGUCUCUGCUGGAUUGGUGGCGCGGGGAAGGCACUGAUCGCUUACUGACGCAUUUCGCAAAACAGCCAACAUGAUAAAUAUUGCCGGCGUUGUGAGCAUCGUUCUGUUCUACAUCUUGAUCCUUGCGGUCGGGAUAUGGGCAGGCAGGAAAAAGGAGUCCGGAAAUGAUUCGGAGGAGGAAGUUAUGCUGGCCGGACGUUCGAUCGGUCUGUUUGUCGGUAUUUUCACCAUGACCGCAACCUGGGUCGGUGGUGGUUACAUUAAUGGCACGGCGGAAGCAAUCUACACAUCCGGUUUAGUCUGGUGUCAGGCUCCAUUCGGUUAUGCGCUCAGCUUAGUGUUUGGUGGCAUCUUCUUCGCGAAUCCAAUGCGAAAACAGGGCUACAUUACCAUGCUGGACCCUUUGCAGGACAGCUUCGGUGAGCGGAUGGGAGGUUUGCUCUUUCUGCCCGCACUCUGCGGUGAAGUGUUCUGGGCGGCAGGUAUUUUGGCCGCUCUCGGCGCCACCCUGUCGGUCAUCAUCGACAUGGAGCAGGAGACUUCGGUCAUCCUGUCGGCGUGCAUCGCCGUCUUCUACACCCUGUUCGGAGGGUUGUACUCUGUGGCGUACACAGACGUGAUACAGCUGUUCUGUAUCUUCAUCGGGCUGUGGAUGUGUAUUCCGUUUGCGUGGGCAAACGAUCACGUCAAAAGUCUAUCGUCGAUGGACGUGGACUGGAUCGGUGAGAUCGGCGAAGGGUACACAUGGUUCUAUCUCGACUACGGACUGUUGCUAAUAUUUGGUGGUAUUCCCUGGCAGGUAUACUUCCAGCGUGUGCUUUCCAGUAAAACGGCUGGACGGGCUCAAAUCCUUUCCUACGUAGCAGCGUUUGGUUGCAUCCUGAUGGCCAUUCCACCCGUUCUCAUUGGUGCCAUCGCAAAGGCAACACCCUGGAACGAGACAGACUAUAAGGGACCAUGGCCACUAACAACCCAGGAAACGAGUAUGAUUCUGCCGAUGGUGCUCCAAUACCUGACGCCGGACUUUGUGUCAUUUUUUGGGCUUGGUGCCGUCUCAGCGGCCGUCAUGUCUUCGGCGGACUCGUCCGUGUUGUCCGCUUCCUCGAUGUUUGCCCGCAACGUUUAUCGGUUGAUCUUCCGGCAGCGUGCCUCUGAGAUGGAAAUUAUCUGGGUCAUGCGUGUGUCCAUCCUGGUCGUCGGUGUACUGUCCACCAUUAUGGCCCUCACCAUACCCUCCAUCUAUGGGCUUUGGUCAAUGUGUUCCGAUCUGGUCUACUGUAUUCUCUUCCCGCAGCUUCUGAUGGUGGUACAUUUCAAGCAUCAUUGCAAUACGUACGGCAGCUUGGCAGCGUACAUAAUUGCGUUCCUGGUGCGUCUAUCAGGGGGUGAAGCCAUGCUCGGUCUGCCCGCUCUAAUCCACUAUCCGGGCUACAAUGAAGAAACCAGCACCCAGAUGUUCCCCUUCCGAACGAUGGCCAUGAUCAUGAGUUUGAUCACACUGGUAGGCGUGUCCUGGUGGACGAAGUGGGUAUUUGAAACUGGACGGUUUGCACCACACUACGACUAUUUCCGUUGCGUGGUCAAUAUUCCCGAAGAGUUGCACCGUGUCGGUGAGCCAUCGGAUUCAGGCGAACAGCUCUCGGUGAUGGCUGGUGGUAUGACGCGUAUGUACGGUGCAGCUACAAUGGUUGGUAAGGAUGAACGCAACGGACGAAUAAAUCCGGCCCUCGAACCGGACGACGAUCUGCCGGUAGUAGAGGCACAGCGACAGAUGCAACAAUCCGCAGGCGGAGGUGGUGGUGUCGCAGUACCGGGCAGUGUCGUCCCAGGCACCGGCCCGGCCCAGGCUCAUACGGCCUUUUGAAACGCACCCACCGGUACCGGCGUUCGGUUUGACUGAACGGAUCCGGCUGGCAGCAGUACGGUCGAACCCGAACCGGCAGACGAACGUAAACGGCUUUAUUAGCAGUGCAGUAUUUGGAGCAGUGUGCUCCACCCCACAACCGUGUGAACCGUAUAAAGUGACGAAUUAUCAGCAACAAAUACAUAUCAAAGAUACACGUGGGACAGGUGUAGUAUUAACAAAUAUGCAGUAAGUUGGAAUGCAAAGUGAAAAAAAAUAAUAAAGACCUUAGAGCCACUAGCGUUGGAAGAAAAUGAAGGAAACAAAGUGACACGCAAACGUUUAAAGACAAGAGCAAGUAACGAAUACAUAUCAAAUCAAAUCAAUAGCAUACAGGAGGGAGUAAAGUAAGCAACUAAAACAAACCCUAGGAUGCAUGUUCAUCAAGCAACAAAUACAUAUCAAGUAUGAUAGGGGAGAAAACAAAACGAUAGGGAUUAUUAUACAUAUGUUAACGAAACAAAACAAAAACUAGUAAUGAUUAUACUUACCUAUAACUGUUAGUUGGUUUUCAAACCAUCUCCUAAUGAACGGUGGUAAAUUGCAGGACAGAACAUGGAACAGGCGACCGUUAUGGUUAAUUCUUAGCAAAUUUUAAACGCAUGUUAGCAAUGGAAGAAAUGGAAUAGUGUUUACUUUCAACCUAGUGUUUUCCGUUUCAGUUUUAGUUUUCCUCAUUUGUGAACAUUUGUACGAGUAGAUAGGAAUGUUGAAAAUCGCUAAGCGUAUGAAAGGAUUAUCAGGAAAGUUGUUUGUUAUGCAUUUAGUUCAAAUUUUCGGUUAUUUUUGUUUUACUCAUUUCACAUCCUCCUACAUAGACAAGCUUUAAAGUUUCGAAAUGAAUCAAUUUACAGAGAUACUUAAUUGAAGAGCGUAUGGAAAUGUUUAAAAAAUAAAGGUGCUAGAGACAAAGGAUGAGAAGGUAAAAAAAUUGCUUAAAAACAUGGAUGGAUUUCCUAUUGUUAAUGUUUUGUUCAGACAAAAAAUCGUUUUCAACUUUAACCUAAUUCCUGUUAAGAUGUUGUUGCAGAGUUUAGUCGCAAAAGCAAAAGCAUGGAACGAACGAACAGCGUUGACGUGUGUAUGUGUGUGGAGAAAAAUGAGAGAAACAAACCUAUAGAACUGAUAAUUAAGUCCCGGGCAGGUGAGCGGUACGAACAUAUCAUUAAAAAAAAAAAAACAAGUAUAAACAACUUCAACUGUAAGUUGCUACUUCACUGGAACAUAUCGAUGAUAUAUUACUAGGAAAGAAUAUAUAUAUAUAUAUAUACAUCUAUAAAUAUACAUAUAAAAAUAUACAUACAAGUCUGUUGGAAGAAGAAAGCAAAACCCAUACCAUAGAUUUCGAAUGUAUAGUUGUAUGAAACAAAACAAAAAGAAAAUACAACCACACAAACAAACACAGCUAAAUACAUAACGUAAAACGACUCGACUAUACUGUCGUAAGUGAAGCGUUUCAAAAAGAGAAAAGCUGUGUUUUCAGACACGUAUUACUAAGACGAGACAUGAAAGUUACUUCUGCAGAGCCGGUGUAGAGUUUCUUAGUACACUAAAAACAAAGGCAAAACAGCUAAAGUAGAAUGAGAAGUGUAGAUUAUGUUGAGUAAAAACCCCUGGAAGAAACUAAGCAAGAGGCGAAUCGAAAUACACAAAAACAUAUCAAUCAGUGACCUUCCAGCGUUGAAAUCUUCUGUCCCUCGUUUCGAUCCACGUUCGAUCUUCGUCACUGUUAGAAUGCAUUUACGUUUUACAUCCGGAAGAUAGAAAAACGGAGAUUAAACUAAGUGAUUAAAAAGGUAUAUCAAAUGUAGAAGCAAAGAAACCGAACACUUUAACUAUCCUCACGAGCUGUACCAUUUAAACCGAAUUGUUCUAUUGACGUGCCUCCCCCUUGGUGGAAUUUUGAUAAGGGUAAAUACUACCCCCAUUUGUGAGCCUGUGAAACUGGUGUCCCGAUCGGUGUGUUGUGUUUCGAGGUUGUAUAAAAAAUCCGAUCAUAUCGAUCCCAUCAACGAAACGAUUUGCUGCUGUGCUAGGAUCCCAACGCGCUCCGAAAAAUCUAAAAAACCAAAUUUUUUUCGUUAAGUUUUGCCUUUUCGCUACACACCCUGUAGUUGCUGCUAUUACAUACCGUCUAAGCUUACAAUGUGCUGUGGCCAUCUCUUAUUAAUGUACCUCUCUUUUCUUAAGUGUUACAUGCAUGUUGUUCACCGUUCGAUCGAUCGAUCGUAACGAUCGAGAAUGUUUGUUGUUUCGCUUACGAUCUGACUUUCAUCAACUGAUCCAUUUUACGUUUUCCUAUUAAACAAUCGUGCCCGUGGCACUGGCCAUUAAUCUAUUUGCAAAAUCUUACUGCUGGGAACUUUUAGUGGCAAUCUGGCCACUAAACGAUCCACACUUGACUUGUUAGAUUGUUGAAAAAAACAAACAAACGAAACUCUAUUGUAAUAUCAAAACCAAAAAAAGUUACAAAAUGUUGUUCUUAGCUGUGCUACUAUUUAACAUAGGAUAAACAUUCGAUUGCAAUCGUGUGUGCGUAACGUUGGACGGGUAAGUCACUAAACAAAACCGAUCCGCACACAACGUGAAACACCUGGCAAGAGAAUGUCACCAAAACAAAAAUAUGGAAUACAUUUGUUUGAAGCAACUAAUUGCGCUAAUUGUUGAUAUCUGAGUGGACUUACAAAUUGUGAAAACGAAAUUCUAUCUAGUAAAACCUACACUUAUUGUAAAGCAAAGAGUUAAGGCUUAAUUGAAUGGGAGCAGUGAAUGAAACGUACAACAGCAGAAGAUAUACUCAUCAUCGUUGUUAAUGGGUAAGCCUCCAUCCGAACAAAAACAAAAAAGAAAAGAAAAGGAAAAUCGACACAUAUCGUACAUAUAUAAAUACUAACAUAUGCAUUAUAUAUACCUGGCAACAGUUGGAUACAGACAGGCUAACCAAACCAAAAAAAGUAAAAACGGUACAAUUAGAGCAUAGUGGAACUGAACCAAAACUACACGCGCUUCAGCAGGUUACGAAUAUUGUUAAACGACACAAAAAAGAAAAUGGAAUAUCCUACCUUAUGUGUUUUACUGUUGGGUUAAAAACAACAAUACAUAUGAGAAUAAUUUAAAAUCAAAUAGAACCAUAUCUGCCGUGAGCUUCAAAGAAAGUAAACUGACAUUGUUAUGGAAAAAUAAAUUUAAGCAGCCACCAAUUCAACCAAAACAAAACCAUUCCAAUUAAUUGUUUAGCAAUUUCCUCAAACAUCCCAUAAUCCCGCUUGAAAAUAUCCACCAAACAAACAAAAAAUGCAUUUUAAUAUUAGACCGUUGUUGUAGACAGCUUCAACGUAUCGGAUGAAAAGCAUUUAACGCAACAGUCAUAAAAGAAAUGAAGAAAAAAGGCUCCCAGAAACAAAAGAAAAUCGAAAAUCCCAAUAGAUGUACAUGUAUUUUAUUAGAACAUUAAGAUAAUUAUACAAACACACACACACACACACACACAAACAUAUGUAUAUGUAGAAAACCAAAAGCAAAAGAUUAAACAAACCUAGUGAUCGGACUGAGUGAACGAAAUGCGUAGUGUGAUGUCUUGUCCGUCAAACUUGGAUUGAAUUAUCCCAGGAUCAAUGUGAAGUGACGACGAUGCGUGGAAAGGAUGUGGACGGGAAAGAAAUGCCUGAAGUUAAUAAAUAAAAUCAAACGUUCAGUUCACAUCAAAGUGUGUGAAUUGAUUGUGGGAUAAAGCUAA